CGGAGCGAGCGCGGCGGGCGGCGGCGGCCGGGGAGGCCCGGGAGGCCGCGGCGCGGUCACUGCGAGCCCAGCCGACCCAUCGCCCUGCGGGCCCGGCUCUCGCGCGCGACCCCGGCCGGCGGGACGGCCCGGCGGGCCCGGCGGCGCCGCAGCCCAUGGAGCUCGAGAACAUCGUAGCGAACACAGUGCUGCUCAAGGCCCGGGAAGGUGGUGGCGGGAAUCGCAAAGGCAAGAGCAAGAAAUGGCGGCAGAUGCUGCAGUUCCCCCACAUCAGCCAGUGCGAGGAGCUGCGGCUCAUCCUCGAGCACGACUACCACAGCUUGUGCGAGCGGCAGCCCAUCGGGCGCCUGCUGUUCCGCGAGUUCUGCGCAACAAGGCCUGAGCUGAACCGCUGCAUCGCCUUCCUGGAUGGGGUGGCUGAGUACGAAGUGACCCCUGAUGAGAAGCGGAAGGCAUGUGGGCGGAGGUUGAUGCAGAACUUUCUGAGCCACAUGGGUCCUGACCUCAUCCCGGAAGUGCCCCGGCAGCUGGUGACCAACUGUGCCCAGCGGCUGGAGCAGGGACCCUGCAAGGAUCUCUUCCAGGAGCUCACCCGCCUGACCCACGAGUACCUGAGCGUGGCGCCCUUUGCCGACUACCUCGACAGCAUCUACUUCAACCGGUUCUUACAGUGGAAGUGGCUGGAGAGGCAGCCUGUGACCAAAAAUACCUUCAGGCAGUACCGAGUGCUGGGCAAAGGCGGCUUUGGGGAGGUGUGUGCCUGCCAGGUGCGGGCGACAGGCAAGAUGUACGCGUGCAAGAAGCUGGAGAAGAAGAGGGUGAAGAAGCGUAAGGGCGAGGCCAUGGCACUGAACGAGAAGCAGAUCCUGGAGAAAGUGAACAGUAGGUUUGUAGUGAGCCUGGCCUAUGCCUAUGAGACCAAGGAUGCGCUGUGCCUGGUGCUGACGCUGAUGAAUGGAGGCGACCUCAAGUUCCACAUCUAUCACAUGGGCCAGGCGGGCUUCUCAGAGGCGCGGGCAGUCUUCUACGCCGCAGAGAUCUGCUGUGGCCUGGAGGACCUGCACCGGGAACGCAUCGUGUACAGGGACCUGAAGCCAGAGAAUAUUCUGCUGGACGACCACGGCCACAUCCGUAUCUCCGACCUGGGGCUGGCUGUUCACGUACCCGAGGGCCAGACUAUCAAAGGCCGAGUGGGCACCGUGGGCUACAUGGCCCCGGAGGUGGUGAAGAACGAGCGUUACACCUUCAGUCCGGACUGGUGGGCGCUCGGCUGCCUCCUGUAUGAGAUGAUCGCCGGCCAGUCGCCUUUCCAGCAGCGGAAGAAGAAGAUCAAGCGGGAGGAGGUGGAGCGGCUGGUGCGCGAGGUGGCCGAGGAGUACUCGGAGCGCUUCUCCGUGCAGGCCCGCUCGCUCUGCGCGCAGCUCCUCUGCAAGGACCCUGCCGAGCGUCUGGGGUGCUGUGGGGGUGGCGCCCGCGAGGUGAAGGAGCACCCGCUCUUUAAGAAGCUGAACUUCAAGAGGCUGGGAGCCGGCAUGCUGGAGCCGCCCUUCAAGCCUGAUCCCCAGGCCAUCUACUGCAAGGAUGUUCUGGACAUCGAGCAGUUCUCCACAGUCAAGGGCGUGGAGCUGGAGCCUGCUGACCAAGACUUCUACCAGAAGUUUGCCACAGGCAGCGUGCCCAUCCCCUGGCAAAAUGAGAUGGUGGAGACUGAGUGCUUCCAGGAGCUGAACGUCUUUGGGUUGGACGGCUCUGUCCCCCCAGACCUGGACUGGAAAGGCCAGCCGCCUGCACCCCCCAAGAAGGGACUUCUACAGCGGCUCUUCAGUCGCCAGGAUUGCUGUGGGAACUGCAGCGACAGUGACGAGGAGCUGCCCGCCCGCCUCGAGCUCCCCACCCGCCUCUAGCCCCGAGCCUGAGGUCCCCGCCAGCCAUUGGCGGUAGCAGCUUCUCCGAGCGCUGUUUACAGUGUUUGCACAGUGGUCUUCCCUGUUGUAGUCUGGGGGAUGCCACCAGAGCUGGUCCCCAUGUACCUGGCCCCCCUGGCCCGGGUCAGGCUGAGUUUGGCAAGGCCCCAGCUUUCUGUCCCAGGGUCGCAGGUGCACCCCUCCCUGCAGCUCUGACCCGUGGAGCAUGGGGCUCUCUGUAUUUAUGUAUUUGUGCGAAUGUAUAUACAGCCCGAGCAUUCUUAGGGCUCACCCAGGAACUGUUGGGGGGGGGCCACUGCCAAACACAAGGCUCAUCCAGACCAGCUUGGAUAGGCCAGGCCCCAGGGCUGCCAGCACUGUGCCCACCAACCCAGGCAGACAUGCCUGCCCUCUGCCCUGGGCUCAGCCCCCUUCUAGGACUCAACCGGGCCCUUCCUUGGCUUGUGCUGAAACUGGGAACUCUGCAUCUCCUGGGCUGUGCCAAAAUGUGACUGGAGAUGGGACUGACCCUGGGACCAACCCAUCCACUGCCAGGCUGUCCCAGACGGGUCUGCCUCUGCCUUCCAGCCCCAGGGCACCAUGGCCCUCCUGCUGGGCUCCUGCCGAAACACCCCCAGGAUGGGCUGUGAGAAGAUGUGCCCAUGGCCCACCCUUGAACAUUCCAGAUUCCCAUCAUAACGGUAGACACAUGUGCCCAGCAAUAAUCUCCCCCUUCCCCCUCCCGUGUGUGUGUGUGUGUGUGUGUGUGUGUGUGUGUGUGUGUGUGUGUGUGUAUAUGUGUAGGGGUGGGCUUAAGCUGGGAGCCUGGCCCUCCUCCCCAGACUGUGCUGGCCACCCUGAUCCCAGUGUUAGGGUAAUGUGGGGGCUCCAGAGCCCUGGUUGUUCGUAUUUAAAGGCAAUUUUUAUUACUCA